CAAGGUGUAAAGAUUGGGUCGGUCUUGAUCACAAUAAAGACCGACUCAAUACUAUGAUUAAGGUCUUCGUUCUUGGUCUUCGUUUAGCUCUUGCUCUUAUCUUCGUUCUUCGCCUUGUAUAUUCAAUGUUCGACUUGAUCACGACGGUUUGGCAUUAUCAAAACCUGUUACAAAAACGAACACGGCUUUACGCCUAAAUUAUUUGUCCACCUAAAAUAUCUAAGAAAUCAAAUGGUCUAAGUAUUCCAGCCGGCACACACAUCGUGCAUCACCCAUCCAACGAAAUCAAGAUUAGGUAUACAUCAAGCAAUCCGAUCCGACGCUCGCACCCAUCACUGACCGAUCAAAGGUACGUACAUGUCAUCGAUCGAAUUAUUCCAGCCGGCUCACGCUCCUCUAAGAAAUCAAGUAAUUGAGUAAGCAAUUCGAUCCUUUUUGUUCGAGUGAAUUCACUAAUCGAGUGAAUUCAUUAACGAGAACUUUUCGUUCAGCUUCACAAUCCAUUGGGUAGAUUCAUUCUUUGGUCAAUAGCUUCUUCUCAAUCGUUUGGCGAGAAUCAUCGAUCCUCUUCACAAUCGUUCAGCCCCCUUCAUUCAUUCAGGACAAGGUGGCCAAGUUUCGGGUAAAGGAACUCAAGGAUGCUCUGACUAAACUUGCUCUGCCAAAGCAAGGAAAGAAACAGGUGCAAUGUCAAUCAAAGAAGGAUAGCCUAGCUUGUAGAGAUGGUGUCAAUUGGUUCAAGCUUGUAGAGAUGGUGUCAACCUAGCUCUACAGAAUUUUUUUGCACACAUUAAUUUGUUUAUAUCUCUCCAAUUUAGAUACAUUUGGAUAUUUUUAUAACUCAUGUUUUUAGACACAAAAUGUUGGAUGAUCGACUUAUUGUUAUAUUCAACUCUCAGGUGGAUGGGUGCCGUUUGAAGUCCUGCCGCCCAUUGCAAACCAAGAAUUGCUCCUCCAACUUGUCUCCCUUCUUUGAUGGCUACGUCGGUGUGGAGGAUGACUCCGUUUUCUUCGCCUCUCCAAUUUCGAAGCUAACUAUGCUUGGAAUCACUAGCUUGGUUGUGCUGUUUGGAUCAGAGUUCUUCGUUUGUGUCCACCAUGACAUUAGGACUCUCUGCUUGAUCGAUUUCACCAUGGAAGGGAAUCAGGCACAAAUUGACAUGGCUUCACUGUCCCUAGAUGACGACGAACAUGAGGGUUUGGUGUUCGCCGAAGCCGAGGACAAUGCGUGCGGUGUAACAAUGGACUACGACAACUGCCUAGUCAGGAGAUUCUUAACGGAGCGCCCAAUAAAUUUUACCGCAAUGAAGAACACUAUGGCGUCUCUUUGGCGACCGGAUGAAGGUAUGGUUGUUAGAGAUCUGGGCGAUGGAAUUUAUGUCUUCCAAUUCGGUGCAAUGGCAGAGCUAGAGAGGGUCUUGGAUAUGUGCCCUUGGACUUUCAACAAUCAAGCUCUCAUACUGGAUCGAUUGAAGGGUUACAAUGACCCUAGGGAUGUCCCCCUGCAUUCGAUGUUUAUUUGGGUUCAGGUCCAUGGACUUAAGAGAGGCUUUUUCUCUGAACGGGUGGCUCAACGAUUAGGCAAUGAGAUUGGAGAUUUCAUGGAAUCAGACCCCAAGAACUACUCAAAUCCCUGGGCGACUUAUCUAAAGAUACGAGUGAAAUUGGAUGUUUGUAAACCUCUACGAAAAGGCACAAAGAUGAAGCGAGAAGGGGAAGACUGUUCCACGUUUCAUUCGCUUAUGAACGACUUCCAACUUUCUGUUUUGUUUGUGGAUGUUUUGGCCAUCGGGAAAGAUUUUGUCCCAUUGUUUCGAGGAAUUGGGGUAAAGAAUGGGGGUUUAGCUCUCUUUUGGAAGCCCCCUUUGCAAGUAUCUUUUUUAUCUACUUCACGCUUCCAUAUUGAUGUUACUAUUUUAGAUUCCACUUUGGGGAGCUGGAGAUACACGGGUUUCUAUGGCCAUCCUGAUCAGUCUAGAAGAAGUGUGACUUGGGAUUUGCUCUGUGACCUUGUUCAAGACUCUAACUUACCAUGGAUAUGUGGAGGCGAUUUCAAUGCCAUUCUUGCCCAAUCAGAGAAGAGAGGGGGGAAACCCAAACCCGAGUACCUAAUGCAGGCAUUUAGAAGUGUUAUCUUUGAUGCUGGUCUAUCUGAACUCCCUAUAACUGGUUACAAUUUUACUUACAAUAAUGAAAGAGAAGGAGCCGCGUUUGUGGAGGAAAAACUUGACCAUUUUUUGACUUCAGCUUCUUGGAGGCAGAAAUUUCCCAUGGCAAAGAGCAACUCAAAAUCAGUGUGGCGGAAACUCUGGAGAGUCCACACCACACCUACUAUUCGUAAUCUCAUUUGGCGUGCUGCAAACAACAUAUUGCCGGUGCUAGAUAAUCUCGCACGUAAAGGGAUGCCGAUUCGAAAUACAUGCCCGUUGUGCCAAUCCUCCGAGGAGACGGUGUUGCAUCUCUUUAUUUCUUGUAGCUUUGCACGACAGGUGUGGACAUCCUCCAUCUUGGGCUGGUACACACCCCAUGUUAAUGGGUUUGUCGUUUGGCUAGAGAAGAUUCUCAACCUCUUCAACCAGAGAGAUCAAGCAUUGGUGUUUCAUGUAUUGUGCUCAAUAUGGAAGACCCGAAAUGAUAGAGUUUGGCAGGGUAGAAACUCGACUCUAAUAGGUACGUGGCUAAAAGCUAAAGCUCAUUUUGAGGAGUGGUGGUCGUUAGCUCUGCCAAUUGCAGGAUUGCCAGAGGGGGCCACAGGAAGUUCAUGGUCAAGACCACAUGAUGGAUUUGUGAAGUUCAAUAUUGAUGCAUCCACAGGCUUGGUUGAUGAUAUGAUGGGAGUGGGUUUCAUCGCUCGCAAUGAACUUGGAGUAUUUUUGGUGGCUAAGAAUAUUUCUUUCAGGGGCAGCUACGGUCCCAGGGAGGUAGAGGCGGUGGCAGUUAAGGAGGCCCUUAGUUGGAUCAAAUCAAAAGAAGAGAACAAACUAUUGAGUGAAGAGAAACUCAAGUUGACUGAAAGUCGGAAAAGUCAACUAAGUGAGAUCACUCAACUCAAGGCUGAGAAUGAACCUCUUUUUGAAAAGGUGAAAUCCCUCAACAAGGAGCUAGGGAUACUGAAGUCUAAAGAAGCAGUGGAUAAGCUUCUUGAAACGACCAAACUUAAGGGUCGUGAAGGACUUGGUUUUGACCCCUCCAGUUCCAAAAGGAAAGGGAGAACAACUUUUAUCCCUCCCAAACCUACUGCCAAACUCAAUAAGCAGAAAGGUAAGGAGAAGGGGAAACCUAAAGAAGUUCCCAAAAAGGACAUGGCAUCCCUCAAGAACAUCUCCACAAAUGAAGUCAUUCUCACUAGGAAGAGAAUCAGAAACAUCUAUGAAGUAAUAUGGGACGAUGUCAAGGAAGCAUGUCUAAUCAGCAAAGACAAGGAUGAAGAGAUCAAUGAAGGAGAUAGAAUGAAGCCUACGGAGUUCAUUCCAUUCGGAAGUCUACCACUGCAGACUUCACAAAGAAAUCCGGAUUCAAACAGUGCUGAGCUUACCGGAAAGCAUAGCCAGCAUUCCAAUAUACCAAAUAACUCAAAUGGCGACAAUUCCGGAAAUGGCGACCUAGUGCCAAUCCAUCCAGAAUAACCAACAAAUUAUGUUCUUGAACCAGAAGCUGAACUAGAUCAACCAGUCAACCCUAAUCAACACAAUCUUCGUUG